AUGAAGGCACUAAAGGUUGUUGGGGCAGUGCUUGCACGGAGAGACAGCGGUGGAGGCACUGUAUAUCACGACAUGCAGAAUAUAAAUAUCUGCAUUAUUUCCCAAGCCGAUCCCCAGCAGCUUCAAAAAAACAGCAUAACAUUUAGAAACAUAAUGCACUCUUUGGGGGUAGAAGUCGAACUGGGAGAAAAAAACGAUAUGCUGUAUGAAGGAAAAAAAAUAUCAGGUAGUGCCAUGCGCUAUACUAAGCAGGCUCUUCUUCAUCAUUUUACAGUACUACUAACACCAAACAGGCAAACUAUUUCAGAACUGCUACAUAAGAAUACAGAACCACAGAUUGAUUCACGCGCUAUAGCAUCGCGAAGAGCAGAGGUGGGUAUAACUGGUAUAUCAUACCCCACAUUGCUUGCAGAAUUUCUGCAGGGUGAUUACUGCAGCUCCUUGUUUGUGCACAAUAGCAGCACAGAACAAGAGCUAGUGUAUCUUACAGAGUGUCAACUGCCAUGCUUUCUUCAAGAACAGCAGUUACUGCAGGUGUAUACACAGCAGAAGCAGCGACUAAGCAGCACUGAAUGGAUAUACGGCAGAACCCCACGUUUUAGCAUACGAAUACCACAAAGCGAGCUAGAAGCAGGAGUGGACGCAGAUGCAGAAUACUUACUUGAAUUCAAACAUGCACAGCUAAUACGGGUUACACUUCGUACGCAGCAAGAAGUUGCACUUACAAGUAUCGAUGUGGAUGGUCCGACAUUGGACGAAGCAGGUCUUCGGAGCUUCCUUUCAUUUGCAACGGCCCCGCUCGACAGCAUUACUACGUACCUUCUUCGUUCUUUAUACGGAUAA